AUUUACAAAGAUGAUAGCUGUGCACUUUUCACCUAAGGGAAGAUGAGGUUCAGGGUUUGCUUUCAGGCGGUCACCUUUAGGCCAGUGUGAAAGAAGAAAUGUUCAUAUGUAUCACAGGGUUAGCUAGCUAUCCAGCAAGAUAGCUAUCUGCUUAGCUAAAGGUAGACAACUUAGUUUGAAUAGUUUGCCAGAAAUACGUAACUAGUCUAGCUGUCUUCAGCAAAAUUAGAUGGUGAGGUCGGUAACGUUAAGUAGUUUGCUAACCUAUUUGUUGGUUACCAGUUUGAUAAUUCCGCGAUGUCCUCGGAAAUGUUUGUUAACUAGCCAGUCUUUGACACAGCUAGCAAGCUGGCAAGUUAUUUAAUACUAUCAUAACUGCCCUCUCAACUCUAACAUGUUAUGCCUUUAGGUCACAUUUGUUAAGGAUUUAAAAAAGAAAAAUGGAUAAACACGUAAGAACAAUCAAGCAUGGACCAUAUAAUGAAGGAGCAUGGUAUCAAGUUUCCGAGUUUCCGAGCUACAAGUGUUGUUGGGCUUUGCUGGACAGAACAAAAGUGGUCGCAAGCACGAACUUCUCGUGAGGGCCUUACACUUGCUAAAGCGUGGAUGCAGCCUGGCAGUGCAGAUCAGAAUCAAAGACCUGUACAGACGACGUUAUUCAAGGGCAAUUGAUAGUCUUCCUGAUUUGGCAGCCUUCAAGUCAAACCUGCAGAGCUACUUUCAGGCAGAGGCAGAGGCAGAGGCAGAGGCGUCAGCUGUUCCCACUGACCUCUCUGAUUCUGGCCACCUGGACCUGGUGCAUCUUAGCCCAGAUUCCUCUUUCUGUCCGGAAACGAAGCCAAUGAUGAAUAUGCAACAGGGCACCCCGCUCAUGCCCCCUGUGCACCCUGACGUGCAGAUGAAGACGCUUCCUUUCUACGAUGUCCUGGAUGUCCUGAUCAAGCCCUCUAGUUUGGGCCCGUGUACUACCCAGAGAUUUCACCAAGAGAAGUAUUUCAUUUUUGCCUUGACUCCACAGCAAGUGAGAGAAGUUUGCAUCUCCCGGGAUUUCCUUCCUGGUGGUAGAAGAGACUAUAUGGUCCAAAUUCAGUUGAGAUUUUGCCUUUCGGAGACCAGCUGUCCUCAAGAGGAUAAUUAUCCGAACAGCCUAUGUAUCAAAGUCAAUGGGAAACUCUUCCCAUUACCUGGGUUUGCCCCUCCUCCUAAAAAUGGAGUGGAGCAGAAAAGACCAGGGAGGUCUUUGAAUAUAACGUCUCUCGUCAGACUGUCGUCUGCAGUCCCCAAUCAGAUCUCUGUUACGUGGGCACCAGAAAUCGGAAAGACCUACUCCAUGUCGGUGUACCUUGUGAGGCAGUUGACCUCCCCAUUGUUGUUACAGAGGCUGAAAAUGAAGGGGAUACGGAACCCUGACCAUUCACGAGCUCUGAUUAAAGAGAAGCUCACUGCCGAUCCAGACAGCGAAGUUGCCACAACCAGUUUACGAGUCUCCCUUAUGUGCCCACUUGGGAAGAUGCGUCUCACGGUGCCAUGUCGAGCAGUGACCUGCUCCCACCUCCAGUGUUUCGACGCGGCACUCUACCUGCAGAUGAACGAGAAGAAGCCUACCUGGAUCUGUCCCGUGUGUGACAAGAAGGCCACUUAUGAUAGCCUCAUUAUAGAUGGACUGUUCAUGGAGAUCUUGAACGAUUGUUCGGAUGUCGACGAAAUAAAGUUCCAAGAGGAUGGGACGUGGUGUCCAAUGAGACCAAAGAAGGAGUCCCUAAAAGUGUCGUCACCAUCCAUCACCAAAGUUGAAAGUUCUGCACCUGUGCGGCAGUGUGCAGUGGUGCCACACGGGGAGGUGAGCAGCUCUAAGAAAGCUGAUGUGAUUGACCUGACCCUGGACAGCUCCUCAGAGGACGAGGAGGAAGUGGACCCUCCCCACAAGAGACGCUGCCUUUACAUGUCCAAAACUGAGGAGAUGCAUGGAAAGGGGGUGUUGGCCUACCAGCCCUCAGCUAUGCGGGUGCCAAAUGUGCAGAGUCUGGACCCGUCUUACCUCUCACCCUCCUUGGCAGACUAUGCAGGUCCAUUCCAUCACUCAAUGACUGCUAUCCCUGCAGAUAUGCAAGGUCUGGACUUAUUUUCUUUAAUUCAAGGAGACACACAGCAGCAUUACCGGGCGCCCAUGUUCCUGGACAACCUCUCCAGCAGCCUCCAGAGUGCCACCACCAGUGGGAGCCUGGUGUCCUCCUCGGGUCAGUACGAGACGGUCGCCACCACACACAGCGCUAGCUCCAGCCACGAGACGGGCGUCAUCACGGGGGGCACGGCUACCAGCAUCUCCGACAUCAUCUCAUUAGACUGAGGUUCACGCAAAAGCCUACUUCUCGCGUUCCACUAGCCUGGAGCAGAAGGACCCCUCUAAAGAUCCCCCACCAUGAGGCCCAAGAACUGAUCCGUGCUGUCACUCACCGCACCAGCCAAGGGUUAAUCGUAAUGUGACGAGGACGGUUUUGUUUUGUUUUUGUACGUUGCCUUUCUGAUUGGACGGGCAGAGCGCACAAGCCUUGAGUGUAAGGACGAUAAAUGCUGGACACAUCGCGAUCAUGCUCAAAGCACAUGCAGCUCUGCGAAUGUUCAGCGCAGGCUCUCUUUGGCAGCUGUUUUUGAGUUAUUUUUUUGUAGUUCUGAACAAUUCAUGCAGUGAUAUGUUCUCAUUCUUUCGGUCCUACUUUUAGUUGUAGCAAUAAAACCUGUUUUGUCAUUUGAAUAUUGCACAUUUAUGUAAGAAAUGUUCAUGGUCCAGUUUGUGCCCUGGUUGGAUGUUGCUGUUUGUUUAGUUUUUUUUUUUUUAUCGUUCGUUCCUGGUUUAUUUUAUAUGUAGAUAUGUGAAAAGACCUUUUGUAUGACAUCACAUGCUAUGUUGUAUUUCACCAAGAGACUUAAAAGGGCCAACAGUACUUCACUGUUGAAGCUAUUCAAAUAAUUUUACACACAAAAAAAAAAACGUGUGUUUCCACACUACAUUUGGAAACUGCUCUUUCCUUAUCCCAGCUGUAUAGUGUACUUGAUGGCAUACUAAGAGGGUACUUGACUAGUGAAGUUUGACAUGACAUAACAUGGGAUGCCAGCUUGCACCAUCACGCUGUCAAAUUUGAAUACACUGAAAUAACAUUGUGUAUACCCUCUACCAGCAAACAUUAUAAUGUCAAAAGGGAUUCAAUCUGUCAUAAUCUGUAAAAAGCAAACAGAAUGAUCUGUAGUCACAUGGUUAUGAGCUUGUAGACUGUCGUUCUUAUUGCAUCACUGACAUGUGAGUGCCACAUAAACUGUAACAGAUUUGAUAAACGAUGCCACUUCAAAAAAAAUCCAAAAGGUCUUACUGGAUAUGAGCCAUAAAUUUAAUUACAAGUGAAAGCAUGUCUAUAUUUAGUUGUUUUGGAUAAAGAAAUAUGAAUAUCCAUACUCGAGCCCUUCUUUCUAACUUCAGCCUUUUUUUUUUAACAAAAAUUGUCUAUAAAAAUGAAAUGCCCUCAUGUUUUCAUCAUUGACUGCCUGUAACAGAUUUUGUAUCAGGAACAGUUGGGUAAUACAAGUCGUCACAAGCCUGGUCAACUUAUGGAAUUUACUUAAUGGUUUCUGUUGUGCUUUCAUAGCAAUUUGUUACAAGGCACAAGGUUUAAACACCAUCUAGGCUAACUAAGCAUGGAAGUCCGGUUGUCUUUACAAUUAAAAAUUGGCCAUGGAGAAACACAAA